GAAAUAGAAUCGCGUGAACUUAAGGAAAUUGAAACAACCCCCCCCUUCUUUCUUUCCCCAAUUCAUAACCCUAGCCCCCAUUGUCGCCGCCGUCCGAAGCUUGUUGGCGCCGCCGCCGUCCCAAGCUCUAAGGACAUCGUCUUUAUGUUCCUUGGCUUCUCCGUUCGUCGAAGGUUAGUGGCGUGGCGUCCGCUCUUGGGGUACUGCGCUCGUUAAGAUCUCUCCUUACACCUUCUCCGUCGUCGCCAUCGGGUCUCCAUCGGUGUCUCAGUUCUCAUUGCUGCUUGAGGGAUUUACGUGCUGCAAUCAAGGCUCCCCGAAUCACUUCCACGAAUCUCAUUAGGUCUUAUUUUUCUAUUCUCCAUAAAAAAAUGGCCGCUUAAAUGCCUGGAUCUUCUCUCUUUUUGCUUCCCUGGAAUAUUGGAGGUUAGAUGAUAAUUUUUUCGUACUGGUAAAGACAACAGAAGUUGUUGCGGCACCGUUUAUAACAACUUCAUAUGGCAUCUCAAAAUGAAGGAACUAAGUACGUGCAAAAAAAGAGGGCAAUGAAGAUCCAUCACAGUCUGAGAUGUUUGUUGUAACUCGUACUAACAAGAAAGGAGAAACUGACUCGGGAACACAAGAGACGAUUGAACAUCUUCAAAAUUUGAAGCAAGCUGGAUACAGUGAUGAUGAAGCGCUUCAAACGGUGUUUGGAAAGGAGAGACAUGGUAGGGUUCGUUUCUAUGGUCGAUCAGUCACAAAAUCCUCUCUUAAAAAGGAUAAGCAAAUCCGACAAAUGCAACAACAACAUGCUGAAGUGGUUUCAACUAUGGAAAGAAAUCAAAAUAACUUGACUUCCAAGUUGGAUGGUUUAACAAGCUUGAUCAAAACGGUGUUGCAACAAGUUAAUCCUGGUAUGAGUGCGGAACAAGUGCAAGUAAUGAUAGAAGCUGCCCAACAAUCUUCGCCUGAUGCAAGUAGUGCACCAAAUGAUGCGAGGCGAAGCAUUCCUCCUUCACUGGGAUCGAACCAUGUGUCAAAAGAUAUGGAACAGGAGGAUAUGAUGUGAAGAAAAUAUGUUCAAUACAAAUAUAAGAUGGGAUGGGUCUUAUAAUGAUUUUGGUUAUCUAAAUGUAUUAUUUUGAUGUCUUCUUUACAUUUUGAUAAGAGAUUUUAUUCGAUAAUACAUGUAAUGGAUAAAUUACACUCUAUUUUGAUUAGUGUUGUAAUGGAUAUCUACUUUUUAAUGAAACUUUUAUGAUUUA